AUGAGCUCCUACGUAGCCAAUUCAUUCUAUAAGCAGAGCCCCAAUAUCCCUGCCUAUAACAUGCAAACUUGUGGGAACUAUGGAUCGGCCUCAGAGGUGCAGGCAUCCAGGUACUGCUACGGCGGAUUGGACUUAAGCAUCACUUUCCCACCGCCUGCGCCUUCCAACUCUCUCCACGGGGUAGACAUGGCUGCCAACCCCCGGGCUCACCCCGACCGCCCCGCCUGCAGCGCCGCAGCCGCUCCGGGACACGCUCUGGGCAGAGACGAAGCGGCUCCUCUGAACCCCGGGAUGUACAGUCAGAAGGCGGCUCGCCCGGCGCUGGAGGAGCGAGCUAAGAGCAGUGGGGAGAUCAAAGAGGAGCAGGCGCAGACAGGGCAGCCCUCCGGACUGAGCCAGCCACCGGCCCCGCCACAGAUUUACCCGUGGAUGACCAAACUGCACAUGAGCCACGAGACGGAUGGCAAGCGGUCCCGAACCAGUUACACGCGCUACCAGACCCUGGAACUCGAGAAAGAAUUCCAUUUUAACCGCUACCUCACUCGCCGCAGGCGCAUAGAAAUCGCCAACAACUUAUGUCUCAACGAGAGACAGAUCAAGAUCUGGUUCCAGAACCGCAGGAUGAAGUGGAAGAAAGACUCCAAAAUGAAGAGCAAAGAGGCUCUUUAGAGGAAGAAGGGAGUCCUCAGAGAGCACCCCGGUCGGCUUUUGAUCCCUUCUUCCUUCCUUUUCGGUUUUUAUCGUUCUAGAUUUUGGGGCGGAGGCUGGAGCACUGGUUCCAGGCCUCCAAACAAAAGCGCAUUUCCUUGGCAUUCCGAAUCCCCACCGACCGCAGGGCCGCGUGCCCUGCCCAUUUCACCUCGGCUCAGCUGAACACCCCAGACCCACGACACACUCGUGUAGGGUUUUCCCGAGGGCUGCGGGCUACAGCGGGCCAGUGCUGGAUGAACCUCAACCUGGGCUGCCCCUCCGGCUCCUAGCCUGGGCGAGGCCAGCCUGAGUUAAGGUGAGGCAGACCGGCCGCAACCCCUUUCCCCGACCUCCACCUCACCCUCUUCUUUGUUCCUGCUGGCCAGGCCGCUGAAGGCUGCUUGUGCCAGGCAGAGGUAUGACCAGACUCGGGGCGCUUUCCUAUAGCAACUAACCUUUAUAGUUUCUAAACUCGUUCUUACUUAUUAAUGAUUUGCAUAUGAAAGGGGGAGAUGAAUGAAAGUGCCCAUAGCCCCUGAGGUUGUCUGUGUUCUCUCCAAACCUUCUAACCCCUCCCAAAGUCCGGGAAUCUCCCCAGCCUGGCCUGCUGCAUGCACUCAGGUUCACAGCCCCAGCCUGCUACCUAGCUCAACUAUUGGGGUCUCUUGCCUUUGGACCCCAGCAAGUGGUUCUUGAGGCUUUUUUGCUAUCCUGAAUUUCCUGCCAUGACUUUCUCACCCUCCUGACCAUUGCAGUCGCCCAACUAUUUAUUGA